AAGGAACAGUAUGUAAGAAAUGUAUAUCAAUUAAUCAUAAAAUGGCCAUGAUAUGUCACUAGACAUUAAGAAUUAAUUUUCAUUUCAAAUAUUUAUAUCACUGACAUCAGUGGCCUGGCAAGGAUAUUGUCAUUUAAAAAGUGGAGUUGCAGUCCUCAACUGAUGUUUAUGUUGUCAUUUUGCGUAUUGGCCACUAGUUGUGUGAUUGCAGUACCAGUUUUGGCCACAAUCCUACAUACUGUUCCUUUAACACUGUAAUGUUUGUGGGAAUAUUUUUAGUCAACAGUGAAACUAACUUAAAGGUCAUGUUUUCCUAAUCCUAUUUUUUAAACCCUAGUUAGAGUGUAAUGUUGCUAUAAUAGCAUAAAUAAUACUUGUAAAAUGAUAAAGCUCACUGCCAGGCGAUAUAUUUUCUUUAACAGAAUUCGCCUUUCACAGCUUACAGCGAACGGCCGGUUUGGACUACAGACCUCUACUUCCUGUUUUAAUGACUACAAUAGAACAGUUUUUGACUAAACCCCGCCCACAGGAAUAUGUCAGUCGCCAGCUAAGCUAACGGCAAGCUAAUCAGCCUGUUUUGAGGACAGCGAAAACAGCGCUAUACAGAUAAGUAAAUUAUGUGACCUCUAAGCACAAUAGAUUCCAUACAGGUGAAAAACCCUUAAGUGUGACAAGACGUUUGCUCUGUCAGUCACUUCCCUUCUGAAAAAAAAAACAACAAUAAAACCUUUACAGAAAUUCCGUAUGGUUUCCAUUAGCUUUUACCAUUAAAACCACUACAAAAUAUCUUCCUUUGAACUAAUUAAACGUCUGACCGAACAUUUUAAACUGUCAGUGCCUUAAAAUUAGCAGUUUAGGUGCCAAGCUGUUAAAAAGUGUAUGUGUGUAUGUGUCCGGGAGCAAACAAACUGUUCAUAAUAGUGUUAAUAAAAUAUGAAAAACAACAUGAAUUAACACAUUUAUCAUUUGUAUGUCACAUUUAUCUCUUUUAAGAACUCAUUAAUUUUAUAUUGUGUGCUAUGUGAUUUUUCUAAUUGGUUUUAAGUAUUUAUGUCAUGGGACCACAAUGUGAUUAAUUGUUCAUUUAAGAAAGGAACUGUUCAGAUUAUUCAGUAAAUUCUUUGUUCAUUUUUACAAUGAUUAUGUCUUCUGACUUCUGCUAUAGGCCUAUUCUCUUGGCUGGUAAAUGAAAGUUUACAUAAUUAUUCAGUAUUUUGUCAGUCUUUUUAUUCUUUCUAUGAAAGUUAAAGGACCUGUUAUUGCAUUGAUAUCAUCUUGUCCAGAUGCACAGUGUGAUGUGGUAGCACAAUAGAAAUGAACUGCAAGAGCUUGUUGAGGGAUAAAGACUGAUGAGAGGAACACCACUAUUUGAGUAUAUGUUGCAUAAAUGGACAAGUUUGUCACACUCAGUGCACAGAUACCAUAUAUUGUAUAACAGGUUUCUUUUUACUUUAUUAUUAUUAUGACGAUCACAGUUAAAUGUAAUGUGGUAAUUAAAAAGGAAGAAUGUCAUUGUACAGGUAAAUUUACAGAUGAAAAUAAGGCUUUAUACUUCAACUGCACGUUUCAUUUUCAUAUAUUUAUAAGAGAAUAGUUUAUCAGAAAACGAAAAUUAACCAUGGUUUUACUACAACAACAAAAUACAUGGUAACUGCAGUAAAACAAUUUUAAAAAUUGUAGUUAAACCUUGACUAGUGUAGUAAAAUCAUGGUUUUGCUGAUAGUAAUCACUACACAAAAACCAUUGUUACUAAACUCUUACCAUACUAAAACCAUGUUUAAUAAAGGGAGGUACCAUAAUGUGUGUUAUUAAUUGUUCACUAAAUUCCACUGCAGUGUAAUUGGCUCCUGUAGGCAGUGUUUGAAUCAACAGUGAAUAUAUAUAUAUAUAUUUUAAUAUUUGGUGCAGAUCAUUACAAUGUUUAUCUUAUAUCGUGUACAUUCUCACUCACUGUACACGAAACAACAGAGCCGUAAAUCUGCCUCCAGAUCUGCAGCCUCCUCAUACUCACUUAUAAAGCAGUGAGCGUCUUCUGUCUCCAGUACAGCAGGAGGCGCUGCAGCUCUUUAGUCCGCAGAUAAACUCACUAAAGAAAGAAAGAAAGAAAGAGCGCGAGUGUGAUGUGUUUGUGUAUCAUCAGUGUUUUUCUCUCUUGCGUGUUUCGUUGACUGUAAACAGAGUCUUGUCUCUGUGUAUUUUAGUGUUGAGACGUUGAUGAUGAGAUAUGCUGUAAAUCAAACUGAUCUGUCUAUGCUGGAUAUAUUGAUGAUUUCAUCACAGAAAACUCUCAGCUGAAGAAUGAGGUGGCGUUACUGGAGACAAAGCUGAGGUCAAGAGGAGAUUUAGCAAUGAAUCGAGAGGAUGUGGAUUGUUGUGAAUCUUCAGUGUAUGUGACUGAUGAUGGGAGUCUGGAUUCAGUGUGGAUGAGCAGAGAUCAGAGCCGCACACCACAGCCACUGCUGGACUCUAAACUCUCUGAAGAGAAAUCCAGACACACACAGGACUCCGAUCUCAGUCUGACUUUACUCUGUUAUACUGAGUCAAAGCCCACAGACACUCAGGACACUACAGUGUGUGACAGUAAACAGAGCUUACAGGAGGAUCAAACCUCCACAGAGUCUCUGGAUUCUGUCUGUAACGCUGGAGAACAGCAGCAGAUCCUGCAGACCAAACUGAAGAUGUAUUCAGUUAAACUCAUCGACUGCACGAACCUCAUGAUGAAGAUUAAAACUGAGCCCACAGAAAUCAAAACUGAACCCACAGAAAUCAAAACUGAACCCACAGAAGAGGAAGAUUGCACAGAGGAAGAUGAUGAUUUUAUUAUUACAGAUGUGAAGAGUGAUUCAUGUUUGGAUAUAGAAAUAACGUCCUCAACAUCAAAAGAGCGACUGACAGCACAAACUCUUUCCUGCAUCACCUGUGGAAAGACGUUCAGCUCACAGAGACAUUUAGAGAGACAUGAGAGAAAACACACAGAACAGAAACUCUUCACCAGAUCUGAGAUCAGCUUUACUACCUUACAAGAGAAGAAACUUCAUUCAGAAGACCACAGAGAGAAGAAGCCGUUUCACUGUGAGCAGUGUGGGACGAUAUGUGUCUCUUCCUCUGAUCUAAAUGUUCACAUGAGGACACACAGUGGUGAAAAGCCUUUCUACUGCACUGAAUGUGGAAAUUACUUCAGAACCAAAUCCAAUCUUAAAGUUCAUCAGAGACUUCAUACAGGUGAAAAACCUUACAAAUGCUCUCAGUGUGACAAGACGUUUGCUCAGUCAAGUUACUUACAAGCCCAUCAGAGACUUCAUACUGGAGAGAAACCUUACGUCUGUGAUCACUGUGGAAAGAGCUUCUCUAAUUCAUCUAAUUUAAGAAUUCAUCAGAAGGUUCAUACUGGAGAGAAAUCUCAUCACUGCAGUCUCUGUGGGAAGAGUUUUAGUGUUAAGGCUUCAUUACUAAAUCACAAGAGACUUCAUACAGGUGAAAAACCUUUCAAAUGCUCUCAGUGUGACAAGACAUUUGCUUUGUCACGUUACUUCCAAGCUCAUCAAAGAGUUCAUUCUGGAGAGAAACCUUAUCACUGUAGUGUCUGUGGGAAGAGUUUUAGUGUAAAGGCUACAUUAUUAAAUCACAAGAGAAUUCAUGAAAAACCUUACAAAUGCUCUCAGUGUGGCAUGACCUUUGCUCAGUCAGGUUACUUAAAAUCCCACCAGAGAGUUCAUACUGGAAUGAAACCUUAUCACUGUAGUGUUUGUGGGAAGAGUUUUACUCGCCAUGAAAGUUUAGUAUUACACCAGAGACUUCAUACAGGUGAAAAACCUUUCAGAUGCUCUCAGUGCGACAAGACAUUUGCUCUGUCAUGUUACUUACAAGCCCAUCAGAGAGUUCAUACUGGAGAGAAACCUCAUCACUGUAGUUUCUGUGGGACGAGUUUUAGACAACAGUAUGCCUUAAUAAUUCACAAGAGAAUUCAUACAGGUGAAAAACCUUUCAAAUGCUCUCAGUGUGACAAGACGUUUGCUCAGUCAGGUCACUUGAAAGCCCAUCAGAGACUUCAUACAGGUGAAAAACCUUUCAAAUGCUCUCAGUGUGAUAAGAAGUUUGCUCUGUCAUGUUACUUAAAAUCCCAUCAGAGAGUUCAUACUGGAGAGAAACCUUAUCACUGUAGUGUCUGUGGGAAGAGACGGAAGAAAGAGCUUGAUGACGCCCUCCUCAACAUGAUAGUUCAAGAUCUCCAGUCUUUCUCUAUUGUGGAAGAUAAUGGUUUCCGAGCUUUAGGCAAGAAGCUGGAUCUGACCUGCACCCUCCCAUCCAGAAAAACACUCAAGGCAAUGAUGAGUGAAAAGUAUGCAGUGGAGAAAGAAAAGGCAGUGGCAGUGGCACAAUUACACUACAUCCCUGCUCAUGCUGGAUAUAUUGAUGAUUUCAUCACAGAAAUCUCUCAGCUGAAGAAAGAGGUGGCGUUACUGGAGACAAAGCUGAGGUCAAGAGGAGAUUUAGCAAUGAAACGAGAGGAUGUGGAUUGUUGUGAAUCUUCAGUGUAUGUGACUGAUGAUGGGAGUCCGGAUUCAGUGUGGAUGAGCAGAGAUCAGAGCCGCACACCACAGCCACUGCUGGACUCUAAACUCUCUGAAGAGAAAUCCAGACACACACAGGACUCUGAUCUCAGUCUGACUUUACUCUGUUAUACUGAGUCAAAGCCCACAGACGCUCAGGACACUACAGUGUGUGACAGUAAACAGAGCUUACAGGAGGAUCAAACCUCCACAGAGUCUCUGGAUUCUGUCUGUAACGCUGGAGAACAGCAGCAGAUCCUGCAGACCAAACUGAAGAUGUGUUCAGUUAAACUCAUCGACUGCACGAACCUCAUGAUGAAGAUUAAAACUGAACCCACAGAAAUCAAAACUGAACCCACAGAAAGCAAAACUGAACCCACAGAAAUCAAAACUGAACCCACAGAAAGCAAAACUGAACCCACAGAAAGCAAAACUGAACCCACAGAAAGCAAAACUGAACCCACAGAAAGCAAAACUGAACCCACAGAAAGCAAAACUGAACCCACAGAAAGCAAAACUGAACCCACAGAAAGCAAAACUGAACCCACAGAAAGCAAAACUGAACCCACAGAAAUCAAAACUGAACCCACAGAAGAGGAAGAUCGCACUGAUGAAGAUGAUGCUUUUGUUCCAUCAGAUGUGAAGAGUGAUUCAUGUUUGAAUAUAGAAAUAACGUCCUUAACAUCAAAAGAGCGACUGACAGCACAAACUCUUUCCUGCAUCACCUGUGGAAAGACAUUCAGCUCACAGAGACUUUUAGAGAGACAUGAGAGAAAACACACAGAACAGAAACUCUUCACCAGAUCUGAGAUCAGCUUUACUACCUUACAAGAGAAGAAACUUCAUUCAGAAGACCACAGAGAGAAGAAGAAGAAGAAGCAGUUUCACUGUGAGCAGUGUGGGAGGAUUUUUGGCUCUUCCUCUAAUCUAAAUGUUCACAUGAGGACACACAGUGGUGAAAAGCCUUUCAACUGCACUGAAUGUGGAAAUUCCUUCAAAAACAAACAACAUCUUAAAAUUCACCAGAGAGUUCACACAGGAGAAAAACCUUACGAGUGUCCUAACUGUGAGAAGAGAUUUAGCUGUAAAUAUAAUCUGAAGAGACAUGUGCUUUCACACACCAAUGAGAGACCGUAUCAGUGCAGUGAAUGUGGAAAAACCUUUAGGGAUUCAGGUUCAUUAAAAAAACACCAGAAUACUCACAUUAAAGAGAAACUCUAUCAGUGUUCACACUGUGAUAAACGUUUCUUUUAUAAAUAUCAGCUGAUAGUCCAUCAGAGAAUUCACACUGGAGAGAAACCUUACAAAUGCUCUCAGUGUGGAAAGAGCUGCACUAGUUCAUCUAAAUUCAGAGAUCAUCAGAGAGUUCAUACUGGAGAGAAACCUUACGCCUGCUCUCACUGUCGAAAGAGCUUCUCUACUUCAUCUAAAUUAAUAGUUCAUCAGAGAGUUCAUACUGGAGAGAAACCUCAUCACUGUAAUGUUUGCGGGAAAAGUUUUAGUCAACAAACUACAUUACUGUGUCACAAGAGACUUCAUACAGGUGAAAAACCUUACAAAUGCUCUCAGUGUGACAAGACGUUUGCUCAGUCAAGUUCCUUAAAAUACCAUCAGAGAGUUCAUACUGGAGAGAAACCUUAUCACUGUAGUGUCUGUGGGAAGAGUUUUAGUCACGGGUCUUCUUUACUAAAGCACAAGAGGAUUCAUAAAUGCAAUCCACCGUGCCAUUUGCCGUUGCCAGUUAUAGGUCUCAUCACUGUAGUGUCUAUAGGUCAAACAAGAAGCAAUAUCUAAACAUGACUCAAAAGCGCAUGCAUUUUCUCUGGGCCAAGGCUCUUUUUGGAAAACUGGGACGCAAUUUCAUCUGGACUAAAGAGGACAAGGACAUCCCAAGUUGUUAUUAGUGCUCAUUUAAGAAACCUGCAUCUCUGAUGGUUUGGGGCUGCAUGAGUGUGUGUGGCAUGGGCAGCUUACACAUCUGGAAAGGCACCAUCAAUGCUGAAAGGUUUAUCCAAGUUGUAGAACAACAUAUGCUCCCAUUCAGACGUCGUCUCUUUAGAGAAAACCUUGCAUUUUCCAACAUGACAAUGCCAGACUACAUACUGCAACUAUUACAACAUCAAGACUGCGUAGAAGAAGGAUCUGAGAACAGUAGACAGUUCAGCAACUAGAAGCCUAUUUUAGACAAGAAUGGGACAACAUUUCUAUUCCUAAACAUUGGUCCUCCUCCAGCUGUUCCUUAUAUGUACAUUUAACUUUCCGGCCUCUUAUUGCUACCUGUCCCAACUUUUUUUGGAAUGUGUAGCUCUCAUGAAAUCCAAAAUGAGACCAUAUUUGGCAUGACAUUUCAAAAUGUCUCACUUUCAACAUUUGAUAUGUUAUCUUUAUUCUAUUGUGAAUCAAAUAUAAGUUUAUGAGAUUUGUAAAUUAUUCCAUUCCUUUUUUACUCCCAAUUUCUACAGUGUCCCAACUUUUUCUGAUUUAGGGUUGUACAACAACGCCCUCACUUGUAUGAUGUCACAGCAGUAGGCAGCGCAAAUAUAACGACAUGCCUGUAAUCCCUCCCACUCUGAAGUAAUACUACCUCGAUUGGAAAAGUUAUCCAAGCCAAAGUGAAGUGAGCUGACCCGACCUGACUCGCAAAUCAGUACGGCUCUGACGGUCGAGGCGAGCUUGCUCAGGAAUGGCAGCAGGCAUGUGUGAGCGCAUCUGCAUGCACAGUGAGGCGAAGACUUUUGGAAGAUGGCCUGGUGUCAAGAAGGGCAGCAAAGAAGCCACUUCUCUCCAAAAAAAAACAUCAGGGACAGCUUGAUCGUCUGCAGAAAAUAUAGUGAAUGGACUCCUGAGGACUGGGGCAAAGUCAUAUCCUCAGAUGAAGCCCCUUUCCGUUUGUUUGGGGCAUCUGGAAGGUGAGCGCUACCAUCAGUCCUGUGUCAUGCCAACAGUAAAGAAUCCUGAGACUUUUCAUGUGUGCGGUUGCUUCUCAUCCAAGGGAGUAGGCUCACUCACAAUUCUGCCCAAAAACCCAGCCAUGAAUAAAGAAUUGUACCAAAAAUCCCUCCAACAGCAACUUCUUCCAACAAUCCAACAACAGUUUGGUGAAGGACAAUGCAUUUUCCAGCACUAUGGAGCACCGUGCCAUAAGGCAAAAGUGAUAACUAAGUGGCUCGGGGACCAGAACGUUAAAAUUUUGGGUCCAUGGCCUGGAACCUCCCCAGAUCUUAAUCAUGUUGAGAACUUGUGGUCAAUCCUCAAGAUGCGGGUGGACAAACAAUAACCCACUAAUUCUGACAAACUCCAAGAAGAGUUGCUAUCAGUCAGGAUUUGGCCCAGAAGUUGAUUGAGAGCAUGCCCAGUCGAGUUGCAGGGGUCCUGAAAAAGAAUGGCCAACACUGCAAAUACUAACUCUUUGCAUAAUGUCAUGUAAUUGUCCAUAAAAGCCUUUGAAACGUAUGAAGUGCUUGUAAUUAUAUUUCAGUACAUCAGUGAAACAACUGUUCAA